AUGGAUAUACUUUAAACUUUAUUAAAUUUAUAUUUUCUGAAUCAUAAUGGUGGGAUUAUUAAUUGGUUUCAGCAAUUGAUUUUGGUAUUAAUAGAGGGGUCAUAUUUGUUUGGGACUAUGGCUGAAGAUGGCAAAUAUUUAAUAACAUAGGAUAACUCAAAUUCAAUUUAAAUAAGAAUUGAAGAGAAUCUUUGA